AAUCGAUUUGCGGUGUGAAAUCACAUUUCUUACCAAUAAAUAUUAUAGCGGAAUACCUUUUUGCGAUAAUUAAAUAUAUUCAAAAUUUCUAUUUCUUAAUUCAAUGACAGCAAUUAAUGUUUAUGCGACUAGUUGUACCACAGACAAUUUAAGUAGACAUGAAAUGCUUACUUGGGUCAAUGAAUGCAUACAAAGCCAUUUUAUAAAAAUAGAGCAGCUCUGCAGUGCUACAGCGUAUUGUAAUUUUAUUGAUAUGCUUUUCCCAGGUUCUAUCAAUCUGAAAAAGGUUAAAUUUACUGCUGCUUUAGAGCAUGAAUAUAUCCAAAAUUUUAAACAAUUACAAGCAGCUUUUAAAAAGUUAAAUGUUGACAAGAUCAUACCAGUGGACAAAUUAGUUAAGGGCCGAUUUCAAGAUAAUUUCGAAUUUGUACAAUGGUUCAAGAAAUUUUUCGACGUCAAUUACAACGGAGAUCACAAUGGAUAUGACGCGUUCUCCGCUCGGGAUGGCGUCGAUCUCCCACCGUCCUCCCUUAAUAUGACCUCAAAGGUAUCAAGCGCUCCAAAAUCAUCUUACUCAAAUAAUUCGAGCAACAAUUUGCAUCACGCUCCCGCUCCCAAAAAGAUUUCUCCUAAAACGCACAUAAGCCCCAUUAAUAAUACUCCACAAGGGGCCAGGACACCUAAGGUAGUUCCCAAUAUUUCCAAUAAUGUUUUGGGCAAUAAAAUUGCGAACAAUGGAAACAUCGGGGGGAACAACGUGAACGGAAGUAGUCAACAGAUGUCUGAAUAUAAAAAAGAGAUCGAACAAUUGACCAGGAUGCUAGAAGAGACCGAUAUCGAAAGAAACUUUUAUUACUCAAAAUUGAGGAGCAUCGAAAUGUAUUGCCAGGAAUUGGAAGUCAAAGGAGUAAUAGACUCCAAUUUGGAGAAAGUACUUUCAAUCAUUUACUCCACCGAGGAAGGCUUUGAGAUACCCGAUGAAAUUUCCAAUAACAAUAAUAGUUCUUAUCCCAAUCAUGAUUCGAACGCCGCCCAAAAUUCUGAUCACGAUUUGAUUAACGACGGCGGAAAAAAUGGUGCUACUACCCAAUCAUCGUUAAUAUCUAAAAAUGGGAACAGUACUACUACCAACCAAACCUUCGAGAAAGAGGAUCAUCACGAUAAAUAUGAAGAGAAUCAGGAAGAAGAGGAGGGGCUUAACGAAUUCGAUUCUUACGAAAAACAAUUGAUUGAUAGCUUUUAUUUUGAAAAGAGAUGAAAUUUUGUUAUUUUUUAUUUAUUCAUUAAUUUAUCAUAUUCGCGAAUAUUCUUUGCUCCAACUACGCUUCCUUCGUGCUCUUCUCAUUUCGAAGCGAUAAUCUAUUAAACGAUGCCUUACCAGUCGAACAAGCCGGAGGUGAUCUUAUUAACAACGAAAGCCAUCAAUUGGAAAAUAACGAUGAUUGAAUAACCAUGAAAUAUCGCAAUAUGUCUACUUUUACAUAA